CCCCGCCGCCAGUCGCUGAGUCCUGUCUGGCGGGCUCGCGGUGGGGGCCCUUUUGCACCAGGACCUCUCCAAUCAGUGACCCGCGAUCCAGCCAGGCGUCUUCGUCUUCUCGCGGCGCGGGGCGGCGCAGCCAAGGCGCAGCCCCCCGCCCAGGCCUACCCAGGCCCGCCACUGCCGCCGUGGAGAGCAUCGGGACGGGACGCGACGCGGCCCUGGGAGCAGCAACCACCGCCUCGGCCAUGGGAUCGACGCAUGACACGGCCUCGUUCGACAUGAGCAGCGGGGUCUACCCCGACGCGUCGAAGGGGCCGCCGAAGCACGCGGCCCCGGGCAUCUCGUGGAGAAGCGCCGUACCGCAGGUGGUCGCCUGCUGCGCGGCGCUGUCGCUCACGUUGCACGCCGGCAUCAACAUGGCCUUCGCCGCCAUCAUGAUCCCCCAGAUGGAGCGCCCCGACAGCGCCAUCCCCGUGGACCGCGACUCGGCGUCCUGGAUCGCGGCCGCGGUGGCGGUGACGACGCCGGUGGGGUCGUUGUUGUCGGGGCCCUUGAUGGACUGGCUGGGGAGGCGCACGGCCUGCAUGGCGACAGCCGCGCCGCUCGUCUUGGCCUGGCUGGUGCUGCCGCUGGCCGCGGGGCCCUGGCCCGUCCUGGGGCUCGUGUACGCGUCGCGCGCGAUGGCGGGGGCGGCCUCGGGGCUCUCCACGGCGGCAAUCGUGUACGUGUCCGAGGUGGCGCACCCCUCGCUGCGGCCCGCACUGCUGUGCCUCAACAGCGUGUCCGUGGCGGCGGGCAUCUUGCUGACGGCGUGCUUGGGGACGGUGAUGCCGUGGGGCUGGAUGGCGGUGGUCUUCGCCGCCACCGCCGCCGCCUCCAUGCUCGCCCUGCUGCUGCUGGCGCCGGAGAGCCCCCACUGGCUGCUCAGCAUGGCGCCGGGCAAGCAGAUGGAGCAGCGGGCCGCCCUGGCACGCCGGUCGCUACGCCGCCUCUACAAGGACGACGAGAUGAUGGAGGCGUGCUGGGACCGCCUGGUGGAAAACGCGGGGACGGCCAACAAGACCAGAGGGCAUGCCGAUGAGGACGGCGUGGACGGCGAGGGCCAGAACCUCCUGGGCAGGCGUGUGUUUCGCAGUGUGAGUGUCUUCCUGCAGCCAGCCACCGCCAAGCCCAUGGUCCUCCUGGCCAUCAUCUUCAUCGUGCAGCAGCUCUCUGGCACGUUCGUCAUCAUCUUCUACGCCGUCCCCCUCUUCGCACAGAUGGGCAGUCGCUUCGGCACGGUGGUGGACGAGUUCGGCGUGAUGGUGGUCAUGAGCGUGGUGCGGUUCGUGAUGAGCAUCGUGACGGCCUUGCUGUCCCACCGCGUGGGCCGCCGCCCCAUGAUGAUGGUGUCGGGGCUGGGCAUGGCGGCCUGCUCCGUGGCGGCGGGCUUCACGCUGCGCACCGCCCUCACCCCCGACCUCGCGCCCGUGGCCGUCAACGCCACGGUGGCGCCCUCGGUGGCCCCAUCCGUCCUUGGGUCCGGUGAAGUGUUCCAAGCCAGCUGGCCACCACUGGUGUUCGUCAUCCUCUUUGUCAUGUUCAGCUCUUUAGGAUAUCUUGUAAUACCUUGGUCCCUCAUGAGCGAACUGCUACCCCUGGCGAGCCGCGGCAUGGGCAGCGGGCUGCUGGUGUCGCUGGCGUACUUGUUCAUGUUCGGCGUGGUCAAGAGCUUCCCCUACUUCAUGGCGGCGGCGGGCGCGCGCAACGUGUUCUAUGUGUUCGGUGCCAUAUCGUGCGUCGGCACGGCCUUCGUGUUCUUCUUCCUGCCCGAGACUUUGGGUCGCUCGCUGGCCGAGAUCGAGAAGUACUUCGUCAAGAAGGGCGAGUCUCGAGGGGAGAGCUAGGGACGCCGAAGAAGGUCACUGUCACUCAGUACUCGGUGUACAGACUCCUUGAUUGAACUGGCCUUCUCCGUACAGUGUACUACUUAGGCGGUGAUGUGCCAAACGGUCUAGCGUGGUGUUAUCUGGGUCACCUAAAAUGAUCUGACAUAGGACGUACCGCAGGAGAAUAAAAACAUACCUCUUGCCUA